AUGAAUUCUAUUAAUGCAGUGGUUUGUGGUUGGAAUCAAAUCACGGCAUCUGUAAUAAAGAUGCUCAGGAGACAUAAAGAUGUAAAUAUAAUUGGAUACUGGUGUGAAUCUCCGAAUAAUCAAAUUCAUGCGGAUGUUGCUGGUAUAAAAGUUAUUAGUGGGGCUUUUAAAGACCUAAUAUUAAAUCAAGAUAUACAGUUUUUAUUUCUUUGUGAUACUCCGGUCAAUCAACGCAAUAUUUUCUCAAUUGUUGAUUGCUUGAGCAUAGGACAGUCUACUUCGGAUAAGGUAUUGAAAGACAUCCCUUAUGUGAUUAUUCUUCCUCCCGUAUCACCUAAUUAUGAUAUGGAUAUGUUGGAGAAAACCAGGAUUCGUGUCGGUUUCGCCAUGCCCUUAAGGCACCUACCUUUAUCUACACUUUUGUCCACUCACCUUAACUACAAAUAUAAAGAAAUAAAAGCACUCAGUAAUUACGAAAUUAUCCGACUCCCUACACAUUGGUUAUUAGGAAAUAUAGAAAGCAUCCAUAUAAGAUUGCGCACGGUCAAUUUCGUUGAUGGUAGUGAAUACUCAUGGCUAUGUGAGUCAGAAGAAAUGGGUGGAGGGCUGCUGAAUAUGUUCUGUCCAGGUCUUAUUGACCUCGUUUUCUUCCUUUCUGGAGGGCUUCAGAUAACAUCGGUUACGAGUAUUGGUCGAAUAUCCGAUAGAGGAACAGACGGCCUAAGUCAUCCUAUUCGUCAUAUCUCUGCAGAUGACUAUGUCACUAUAAUGGGCGAACUCGAGAAACCACCAUUAUCAGGAUUUCGUAAACCAGUAGUUGUCGUAAUCCUUUCAGCAGAUAUCCCUUUCCCAAGAAAUAGGAUAAGCAGUCUCCCUGAAGCUCAUUUUUAUGACAAUCAUUGUUUCAGGCUGGAAAUAGAAGUUAAUGGAUCAACUGGUAGCUUCUUGAUUGAUGAAGGCAAAAGACGAAUUUCAUGGACCCCUCGAAAAGCCGUCUCAUCAAAGUCUGGUAAACUUAACAACAAAUCAGCUCAUUUGGACUGCGAAAAUCACUUCCAUGACAAACGACUUGGAAAUAUGGAGGAAUAUGAAUUAGAAAAAGAGUAUAUUGAGGACGUACUGGCCAGCCCUAAUGGUAGUAACGUGCCUCGAACUCAGGUUCCUACGAUGCUAAACAUCGAUCUCGAUGAGGAUGGAAUAACAGAAAUAGUUCAUCUACCACUAAAAACGUUCUUUUCCACGCAGGACUCAUUAAAUGACUCGGAAUCAGUGGAGAGUGCUCAACAUCGUUAUCUAUCAGCAACUGGAGAAGCAUGGACAAACUGGAUCAGUGGUUUAACCAAACACUUUUCUCCGGGGUGGAAAUCAUUCGAAUCCCUAUCGGCAGGACCCGGCCAUUGGGCUUACAUCCAGUCAGUUAUGCACGCGAUAAGCAAGUCCACACAACUGAGAUGUUGGAUCGACGUACAAACUGGGAAACGCAUGUGA